AUGGCGAGCGCCCUGCUGCCCCCGACCAGCGACCAUGACUACCUCUUCCGACUCCUGCUGAUUGGGGAUUCAGGUGUUGGCAAGUCUUGCCUCCUCCUGCGCUUCGCAGAUGACACGUAUUCCGACAACUUUGUCGCGACGAUCGGCGUCGACUUCAGGAUUCGAACCAUGCACCUGGACGGCAAGAAGGCCAAGGCCCAGAUUUGGGACACUGCAGGACAGGAGCGGUUCCGUACCAUCUGCGCCAGCUACUACAGGGGUGCGCACGGGGUCAUCGUGGCCUUCGACCUCACUGACCGCGAGUCCUUUCACAACGUGCGGCACUGGUUGGAGGAGAUUGAGAAGUACGCGCAGGCUGGUGUCAACAAGAUGCUGGUGGGCACCAAGUGCGACAUGGCUUCGAAGCGGGCAGUCACCUAUGAUGAGGCCCGCGAACUGGCUGAGGAGCUUGGCCUGCGCUACCUGGAGACCAGCGCCAAGCACACCCACAACGUCGACGAGGCCUUCACGCAGCUGGCCAAGGAGAUCAAGGACCGAGUGUCGCGGCAAGCCCCCCCGCCUGGGAUCCCGCCCAGGACGAUCCUCGGUCCUGGGCGUCGGGUCUCUGGGGCCAACUGCUGCCAGCCGUAA